AUGCGUCUUAGUCCUCACAGUGACCAGGACGCUGCCGGGCACCUCCCUCUCCACAGCGCCACCUUCCGCCGGAGGACGGUAGCGCUCCUGCUGCUGCUCGCUCUCCCUGUGGAGCAGCCUUCCGCAGCGCCGCCCCAGAAGACACAAAAGAAGCCAGGAGUAUGUCCCAAAGAAAGGCUCACCUGUGACACUAAGGCUGCGGGCUCCUGCAAAACAGAUUUGGACUGCCGGGAGUUCCUGAAGUGCUGCCAUUUUGCCUGUGAGAAGAAGUGCAUAGAUCCAUACCAAGAGCCCUGCACACUACCCUCCGACCCAGGAAACUGUAAGGAUUACAAACAGCGCUGGUAUUUUGACUUUGAACAUGAAGAAUGCAAAUCCUUCACAUUUGGGGGCUGCCGUGGGAAUGCCAACAACUUCCUCAGCCAUAAUGACUGCCAGAAGGCCUGCGAGUUUACUGUCAAGAGAGGACAGUGUCCACUCUUCCCUUACAAUUUCCGUAUGGAGUGUCCAUCAUCGUGUAAGAGUGACAUUGAUUGCCCCAAGAAAGAAAAAUGUUGUGAAUCCACUUGUGGCUUUGUUUGCACCAAGGAAUGGUCAGCCAAACUAGGCUUCUGCCCGCACAAGCCCGCAAUGUGUGGCAAGAUUGGUAAACCCAUGUGCCUGCAUGAUGAUGACUGCCCACUGGAACAGAAGUGCUGCUCGCGGUGUGGACUGCAGUGCCUGGAACCCAAGAAAUGA